UGAAAUUCCUCUCUUCGCUUCUACUGGCUAACUUGAUCUCGAUCACCGCACAUAUUGGUGUAGCCGCCUCACCGCUCUACAACGCGACUUCCUUCGAUCAGGUACUCGAUCACGAUGCUCGCGAGAUUCUGAAGCGUGCCACUCCCGCUGCGCCACACUUCGUCGUUUAUGCCGACGCCUAUGAUGGUACCACGGGCCCUCCCGCGGCGUCUGCUCUCAAGGGAUACAAUGUGUUGGCCUUGUCCUUUCUGCUCAUGGCAGGCGCUUGGGACAAGGCUUAUGAGUGGACCACCUUAACAGCUGCCCAGCGAUCUUCCAUCAAGUCCCAAUAUGCCUCUGCAGGCAUCAAACUAAUUGUCUCCGUCUUUGGCUCUACUGACGUUCCGACUUCGACAAAUGCUGAUCCAAUUGCUACUGCGAACAAGAUGGCAGCGUGGGUGAAGCAGUACGACCUCGAUGGUAUUGACGUUGAUUAUGAGGAUUUCAACGCAUUCUCUGCUGGAGAUGGCAAGGCCGAGGCGUGGCUUAUUUCCUUCACCAAGCAACUUCGCACGCAACUUCCUCAAGGGACUUACAUCUUGACUCAUGCUCGCGUGGCCCCCUGGUUUUCGCCGAGCAAAUACGGCGGUGGUGGCUAUCUCAAGGUUCACUCCUCGGUCGGAAACCUUAUCGAUUGGUACAACGUUCAGGUCUAUAAUCGGGGCGCGUCCGAGUACACCACAUGCGCAAAUCUCCUCACGACGUCUUCGGGCACAUGGCCGCAGACAGCUGUCUUCCAGAUCGCCUCGAAUGGUGUACCUCUGAGCAAGAUUGUUAUCGGAAAGCCAGCUACUUCGGGUGAUGCAAGCAAUGGCUAUAUGUCCACUUCGACGCUGGCUAGCUGCCUGCAGACGGCCAAGAAUCGUGGAUGGAGCGGUGGCGCGAUGGUGUGGCAGGCAGCAGCAGGGAUCAAGCUCGUCGUCUCAUUAUUCGGAGCAACAGAUGCCCCAACUUCGGGAGGUUUUGAUCCUGUUGCCACUGCGAAUUCAGUGGCUGCUUGGGUCAAGAAAUAUAAUCUUGAUGGUGUCGAUAUCGAUUACGAGGACUUCGGUGCGGUAAAUGCUGGGGACGGAGAAGCAGAGGCUUGGCUCGCCUCAUUUACCAAGCAGAUGCGCGUCCAGCUUCCUCAAGAGACCUGCCUCCUGACUCAUGCUCGGGUAGCACCUUGGUUCUCGCCAAACAAAUUUAGAGGCGGUGCAUAUCUCAAGGUCCACUCUACUGUCGAAAAUUUGAUCGACUGGUACAAUGUUCAAUUCUACAACCGGGGGAGGAGUGAAUAUACGACCUGCAAUGGACUUCUUACCACGUCAUCCAGCACCUGGCCACAAUCCACCCUCUUCCAGAUCGCGGAAAGUGGAAUACCGCUCUCCAAACUGGUGAUCGGGAAACCUGCAACGGCUGGAGAUGCGAGCAAUGGAUUCAUGUCUACCUCGGACCUGGCAUCAUGCAUUGCGCAGGCGAAGGCAAAAGGAUGGAGUGCCGGCGUGAUGGUGUGGGAGGUAGGGCCACUUUAAU